AUGCUGGCGAUCAUCACCAACCAAGCAGUCUUGGAGAUGGCACAGGCUGAGUUAGACUCUGUGGUGGGCCCUGGUCGAUUCCCUACAUUCGAGGAUAUACCCAAGCUACCGUAUCUACGCGCACUUUGCAAAGAGGUUCUGCGCUGGCGCCCUGUAGCUAUAUUGGGUGGAACACCGCAUGCUUGUUCUGAAGAUGAUUAUUAUCGCGGGUACUACAUUCCUCAAGGAACGAUCAUGUUGGGAAAUUCGUGGGCAAUUAAUAUGAAUCCUACGUAUUAUCCUAACCCGGAUCAGUUCAACCCUUUACGAUUUUUAGAUAUCGACCCACAUCUGCUACCUUAUCUUCCGAAAGAAUACAUAUCAUCGGUUAAGCAAGAAAAGGGAUCUGCGCAUCCAAGAAAAAUUGGUCAUAGUUCAUUCGGCUGGGGUCGUCGUAUUUGCCCAGGCGCAGAUCUUGCGACCAAUACUUUACUCAUUACGCUCAGUCGGCUGCUGUGGUGCUUCGAUAUUCGGCCCAUCCCUGGGCACGUCUACGACACGCUAGAUUACACGAAUGGCUUCAACGUCAGACCGCGGAAUCUGCAGCUGGGCCUGCAAAUUCGAUCCGAUCAGCAUCGUCACGUCUUGCAAAGGGAAUACGAAGUUGCGACCGCGUUUCUUAAAAUGCUUUCGCCCUUUGACGAAAGUAUGUGGCAAGGCACCGGUCGACAGGUUUGA